AUGCCUGAGCAGAGCAACGACUAUCGCGUGGUGGUGUUCGGGGCGGGGGGAGUGGGGAAGAGCUCCCUGGUCCUGCGCUUUGUGAAAGGCACCUUCAGGGACACCUACAUCCCCACGGUGGAGGACACGUACCGGCAGGUGAUCAGCUGCGACAAGAGCGUGUGCACGCUGCAGAUCACCGACACCACGGGGAGCCACCAGUUCCCGGCCAUGCAGCGCCUCUCCAUAUCCAAAGGCCACGCCUUCAUCCUGGUGUACUCCAUCACCAGCAAACAGUCCCUGGAGGAGCUGAAGCCCAUCUACCAACAGGUGCUGGCUAUAAAGGGCAACUUUGUAACGAUCACACCGGACAACCCGGGUUUCGCCAUGUCUCAGUCCGUUAUCCUCGCCUGA